AACAAGACCAAGACAAUCCCUCACGCAUUGCAACACGAUACCAAGCUUUUUCUCUAUCCCAACCGCUCGGCCCCUCCUAGUCACACUCUUUUACGUUCCAGAACUCAAAAUAUUACAACCAGAAGCCGUCCGGAACAUCUUGAGCAGCCAUGAGACUCGCAGCCAUUUUCAGCACGGCGCUUGCCGCCUCCGCAGGCGUUUCUGCUGCGCCCCUUGAGCCUCGUAGCUCCUUCGUCCAGGUUCCCUUACCGGCACCCCAAAACUGGGCAGCUGGAGGUUCACUCUUCCCGGGCCAAAUUAUCGCCGCGUAUCACGCCGAUGCGAAGGAUUACACCGCCGAUACCUGGUCGGCAUACGUCUUGGAGAAAUGCAAAGGCUACACCGCUUGUACCUCUAGCCUGUCUUACUCGGCCAUCAACAGCGGCAGCACUGGCGGUCGUUUCUGGUUUGGUUUCGUGUUCAGAGGCGGUGCUACGACUGUAGCUGAUUAUGAACGUGUUGAAGAGGCGGAGAGCGGCGUUACAGACUCGAUUGCGUACACUAUCACUUCUUUGUAGACAGGCGCAGGCAAAAUAUAAUACAGAGGGCAUUGGAAAGCUUCG